CCUGUUACAUGGCUUUUAUCGUCGCUGAAAGCCCAUCUUAAGAUUGUAGUCUGAUCUUCCCACGUCAAAAUAUAGUUUUGAAACCAGAGGCAGUGAAUGCAAAGCAUGGCCGAACAGCAACGUCCAUCAACACCUCCUUUAACUCCUCCUCGCGAUCAAGCGAAAGGAGAAGCGGUCAUCGUCCCCAUUCCCAUCGUCAUGGGUGCCAUUGAAGAAAUCGUUACUCCAGGCAGAGAACACCCUCCAGAGGAAGAAGAAGAAGGCAACGAGGACCAUGAAACAGACGUAUUCGGCCGUAAUUACCCAACUGCUCGUCGUGCAGCGACAGGAGAAGCUGUUCCUAUAUCAGGCAGCGUACUACCAGGUAUUGGUACAGUUGAGGCUCCUAUUCAAACUGCCCGUGCUGCGCUGCAUAUUGCGGAUGAGAUGGGUGCCCUUCCUCCGCGAAGCGUCGUAGAGCGUGGAGCAGAGAUGGCUGGUGAGGAACAAGAGAGAAGAAGCAUUGAAGGAGUCGAAAAGAGUGGGGAAAGGAAACACUUUAGAAAAGAUGAGGAAAAGUUUGAAGUGCCGCAAGUCGGGGAAGAGAAACCGGCAGAGGCUGAGCACAUUCCUGGUGAGUGGAAUGUCAGUCAGCGGGUGGAUCCUUCCCGGUAUGAUCCAAGGGUGCCGUAUAUUGCGGGUUUCUCGAAUGGUAUUGAAAUAACGGAUCCCAUUAUACUCGAGACCAAAUUCGGCGCGGAAUUUCCAAAAUGGCUUCGAGGGGCAUACUACCGUAACGGCCCAGGGUUGUUUGAUAUUGAGUACCUGGACAAAAAGAGGCAUAUCACUACCUUCAGUUUCGAGCACUGGUUUGAUGGCUUGCCACUCGUUCACAGAUUUCAAAUCGACGGUGCGAAAGGGGAAGUACAGUAUCGGUCCCGCUUUACCGCCACGACAUUGGAAAACCUGAUUCGAGAGUAUGGAAGGAAGACGCAUAAGACAACUGACACGGAUUUGGGAAGGUUGGGGUUAAGUAGGAUGGAGUCGGAUCCCUCGGCGGUCGCUGUAAAUUUUGCGAUUCAACCGGGUUUCCCUAUCGGUCACGGUCUCCCUGUUUCCGAUCAUCUUGUCCUAACAACAGACUCGACUCUCCUGCAGGAGAUCGACCCAGUUACAUUGAUCCCCAAACGGGCCUUCCGUUAUGAGCACAUCCACCCGGCAUUCAAGGGUGAGGUGGCGGCCGCGGUCGCCGCCCGGGACAUCCAACAUAAGAUUCUGGUGAACUAUGCGAUGGAGUAUUUAGCGAACGGACACGCCAAGUAUACGUUCUUUGGGCUGGCAGAACAGGACAGGUUUGAUCCUCCGGGUCACCUCAUGGCAACAAUCACAGGCCGUCCAACCCACGCUCACUCGAUCGCACUCACAAAACACUAUGUUGUGCUUGUUGCAUUCCCUUUCACGACGACGUGGCGUACUGGGUUCCGGAAAGUCGUCCCCUGGCUUUCGCACCCUUCUCCAUCGUCGCCCUCAAGUAUUCGCAAAGAAAUGUACUUUGACCCACACGGUCACACCACUUUCCAUGUCAUUGACCGUGACCGCCGUGAAGAAGUCUGCAUUUUCCGCACCGGUCCAAUGUACGCCCUGAACAUUAUCAACGCAUUUGAAACCGACGACGGGCAAACGGUGUGCAUCGACAUGAAUACAUACGACAAUGAUGAGAUUUUGAGGUGCUGGGAUCUGAGGAAUUUGAGGACGUCGGAGAUGCCGCCUUGGCCAGGUGCAACGGUUAGGCGAUAUGUUUUGAGUAAGAUUCCAGAGGCAUCAACUGUAUACAAAGUCAACAAAUCAAAACUGCCCGAGCCCUUUUUCACGCACCGAACUGAUUUCACCCUUGAAUGGCCUCGCAUCAAUCCUGACUCUCCUACUCAUCAAUACAAUUACGCCUGGGGCCUGAGCAUCAGUCCAGAAAAAAGGAAACUAACCAACGUGGUUUGGGACACGAUUGUAAAAGCUAAUGUGGCGGAAAAAAGUAGAAUCGAAUGGAGGCAGGAGGGCUGUUAUCCCGGCGAACCCAUCAUGAUCCCAAACCGGGAGGCCGAAGUCAUCAACGAAGACAACGGCGUCGUCCUCAGCAUUGUUCUCGAUACGGUCAACAACAACAUUAGUUUCCUAUUGGUGUUGGAUGCCGCUACGAUGCAGGAAUUGGGAAGGGCUAAUCUACCUGUCCAUGUUCCGUUUGGGUUCCAUGGUAUGUUAUUCGCUGCCCUCAUGGUGUUUAAGACGUUUUCAUUGAUUGAGUGGGUUUCAUGUUCAGGCGCUUGGACGCAAGAAGUCCACGGUUGA